AACAACAAGUGAACAACAUGAAGUCCGUCCUGAUCUUUUUCUGUCUGUGCAUUGCUCUGGGAUUGUCAGCACCACCCGGUAAAGAGGAGGUUCACAUUGUGGAGCAAUCAGCGGAUGUCCAAGCAAAUGGCUACAAAUUAUCCCUAGAGACCAGUGAUGGAACCAAGCGCAGUGAAGAUGCAACAGUCAAGAAUCCUGGCACUGACGAUGAGGCGCUGUCUGUGAAGGGAUUAUACUCCUAUGUGGGUAACGAUGGUGUUACCUACACGGUAAAUUUUAUCGCUGACGAAAACGGUUACCAACCACAAGGUGCCCAUCUUCCACAUGUUUAGAAAACACUCGUGUAUGCAAAUAAAUGAAACGCUUUGUAAUCCAUUAA